AUGGAUUUUGGGGUGAAUUCAGUGGAUUUUGGGGUUGCAGACCCGCGGCUGUGGGCGCUGUGCCUCGGGGAUGUUCGCUGGCUGCGGAAUCAGGUGGUGGCACCGCUGACAGAGGAGUUGGUGUUCAGAGCCUGCAUGCUGCCCAUGCUGGUGCCCUGCACUGGGCCUGGCCCCGCCGUGCUGGCCUGCCCGCUGUUCUUUGGGGUCGGUGAGUGCCCCCAAAUACCCCAAAAAAAUCCCAAAAAACCUAUCCCAAAAUAUCCCAAAAAACCACCCCAAAACAUCCAAAACCCCACCUCAAAAUAUCCCAAAAAUGCYCCAAAAAMCACUCCAAAAUAUCCCAAAAMAMCACCCYCAAAUAUCCMAAAAAACCCAUCCCAAAAUAUCCCAAAACAUGGGGUUCCAGGGGGAUUUGGGAUCCCAGAUUUUGGGUUUAGGGUUUGGGAUCCCGGGUGGGUUCCAGGUGUAUUUUUGGUGUAUUUUGGGUGUGUUUUGGGGUUCCCAACACCCCAAUUUCCCCUGUCCCCAGGUCACCUGGCCGGGCCGGUGCUGUGCCACUCCUUCUGUAACUCCAUGGGGUUCCCGGCUCUGGGGGCGGCCCUGGGGCACCCUCGGCGCCGGGCGCUGCUCCCCGCGUACCUUUUGGGGGUUUUGGGUUUUCUGCUGCUGCUGCACCCCCUGACCGAACCCGCCUUCUUCGGGGCGGCCCCGCCCUGCCGAGACCCCAAAUCCUGCUCCUGACACGGGCGGGGGGCGCCCGCCCCACCCCCACCCCA